AUGUCCGGGAAGUCCCCUGCGCCGGAGGCUGCGGCGGCGGCGGCGCCGGAGGUCCUUGACCUCAACGCGGACGUCGCGGUCGUGGACGCCCUGGAACCCGCGAGUGUGGGAACCACAGUUGAGGAGGAGGCGAAGGCGGCAUCCUCAGAAGCAGUAAUUGAACCGUCGGAAGAUUUCCGGGCUCCCGCUGAAGUUGGUUCAGAUGGCCCAGGAAGGGUUCCCCGUCAGCGGCAGCCGGGGGGAACUGUCGCGGAGGCGAAAGUCGCAGCUGCGGCUGCGCACUCAGCAGCUGAGAGAGUUCCUAAUCGACUCGAAGACUCGAAAGGUGUGGCCAAUCUCGUUGUAGACGUAGUCAAGGGCCAGAAUGACGGUAACCGGACAGCAGAAGCUGAAGUGCAUGUGAGUACUGGAACCAAGAUUACAAAGAAACGAAGUGAUGUUGCCGUUGCAUAUGCUGAUGACACCGAAGAAGACAGGAGUCGUUCGGUGAGGACGGAUCCUACCGAGGAAAAAAUCCUCAGGAGAGAUGUUGUGGCACCAGAUCUGAACGCAGCCGUCGAAUCAGAGAAUACGUAUCCACAACCGGCUGGAGAGAAAGCGAGCGAUCAAGCAGAUCUUUUUUCGCGAGAUGGAAGCCCUGUUACUGAUGUAACUAUUGCAGAAAUACUGCCCGAGAACACAGCUCGCCGAACUGCGGACAGAAAGGACCUUGUUGGGACUGAGGCUUCCGUACCAGCUUCUGGAAUGGACUCACUGCGGUCUUCCCAGACAACUAAGGAUCGGAGCUGCCGCGACCCUAGUCAAGUUGAGGUCCCGACUGUUCUUCUUGAUGUCAGGGGCCAGAAAGUGGAAGAACAUGGGGAUGCUGGUCCAAUAAAUGAGAAGGCAGCAGGUUUGGGUGAUGCUGAGGAAAAUGAUAUGGACUUAGUUCAUAAGGUGUCAACUGUAGUCCAGACUAGUGGUUGUCAUACUUCUCAAAUCAAUAUUCAUGAUAGUUCGCAUCUUUCAUGCUUGGUCACCGAAGUGCGUGUGACUGAAUCUUCACAGGAUCUGGUUUCAUCUGACGUUGUCUUAAAUGAAGGAAAACCGAGUAAAAGGGAAGAUGGAGGUCUUAAUCUACCAUCAGAGGACGUGGAAGGCGAAGUCACUGGGUCAGAUGCUGGAGGAGAUCAAAACGAAAGAGAGGUGCUUGAAGAAGGAGACCAGCCAGUUUUGAAAUCCAUCAGUCCUUCCAGUAGAGAGGAUAGUAAACAUGUAUCUUAUGGCAUAGCUUACGAGGAUAAGUCGUCAUUCUCCGUGUCUGAUUUAGUGUGGGGCAAAGUAAAAAGUCAUCCUUGGUGGCCUGGGCAAAUAUUUGAUCCCUUGGAUGCCUCAGAUAUGGCUCUAAAACAUCAGAAAAAAGAUCAUUUCUUAGUUGCAUAUUUUGGGGACAAAACUUUUGCAUGGUGUGACGAGACAAAACUGAGGCCAUUCCAGGGAUGUUUUUCUCAGCUGGCAAAUCAGAGUACUUCUGAUACCUUUGUCACUGCUGUCGAUAAUGCCUUGGCUGAAGCCUCUAGGCGUGUGGAGUUGGCAAUGUCCUGCUCUUGUAUACCAGAGAAAGUCAGUAGCAACCUCAAGCAUCAUAAGAUUGAUAAUGCUGGCAUCCGUGAAGGAUCUUGUCUUACAGUUACUGACAACACUUUUUUGGCAACCACUUUUCAGCCUGACAAAUUCCUUGACCACCUUAAAGGAUUAGCUCAAUAUCCUGGUGAAGAAACUGAUGGGCUGGAGUUAGCAGUAGCUAAGGCUCAGACGAUCACCUUUAACCGUUUAAAAGAUUACACAGAACUUUUCGCAUCCGUUAAUCAUGGUGGAUUAUCAGAGAAUGAUACUGUCACUUCAGCCACUCGGAGGAAAAGACCUCUCAAUGCUUUAGAUGAACAGUCAGUUUCUGCAUCCAUGGAUGAAGAAAAAGUGGUUGCCGAUAUCAGUGCAGGGAAGAAAAAAAGGAAGUUACAAGGUGUCCCUGAGCAUGGUCGCAAGCAGAAAAGUUUGUCGGAGUUGAUGGAAGAUAAAAAGCAUGAUGAUAUCGAAAAUGGUGAUGGAACGACUGUUGGAAUGAAUGUUUCUGAAAUAUCCCUUUCACCUUCUUCUAGUGAACAUGAGAAUGAUGAUUUUGCAUUUGGAUUCCCUGGAAAAAGUAAGAAAAAAAGGCUUGAUGCAUUGGGAGACCUAGAAAUGAAAACCCCAACUUUUGGCAAAUCUUUCAAAGUUGGUGAAUGCAUCAGUCGAGUUGCAAGCAAACUGACUGGAUCACCGUCUAUUAUGAAAUGUAAUGGUGACAGUCUUAGGAAAGGUAGUGUGGGGAAAGCUGAUCAAGUUAGUCCCCAUGUUUUUGAUGUUUCUCCCUACCCUCCUGAAGAAGCUGGGAGAAUGAGAGGGGGGACGUCGAAGAAGUAUUCUUCCCCGGAAGAGAUGCUUUCACAGCUUUGCCUUACUGCAAGGGAUCCAAUGAAAGGACAUAGCUUUUUGUCCGCAAUUGUUUCCUUCUUCACAGAAAUCAGGGAAUUACGGGAUUCUGACUCUGCCGUGGGUGAACCUAUUGAGAAUAUUAAAAAGAAAAGGGGAAGGAAAAAGAAGUCGGCGACCUUUGAUGAUCCCACAUAUGAAAUCUUUGGGGAGUCGAGUUCUGUUAUGGGCGAAACUGUUGAGAAGAUUAAAAAGAAAAGGGGCAGAAAAAAGAAAUCAGAGUCUAUUGACGAUUCCCCAGAUUCAAACCUGGGGAAUUCCAGCUCUUUUAUGGACGAGCCUGAUGAGAAGAUCAAGAAGAAAAGGGGCAGGAAAAGGAAGUCAGAUUUGAAGGAUGAUCUGAAAACUGACAUGUCUGGAGCCUCUACCCCGGACUAUAUGACAGACUCAUACUGGUCUGACAGACUUGUUUGUAGUACCCCUGAAGAAAAACCAUCAUCUGGUCGUCAGAAAAGGAGAGGCGAGCAGCUGAUGCAGUGCACGACAACCAAAAAGACGAAGUUGGUGCAGGAGUCUCUUCCAUUGAGCAAAAUGAUGGAAGUGGCACACCACCUGCGAAUUAACGCUGUAAGCCCUGCGAAGCGUGAUUCAGCUGCGGAGAAGCAGACGACCUUCUUUGGAGACAAACGUUUGGAGGACUCCACCCCAACUGCGCUCAUUCUGAGCUUUAAUGAGCCAGGUGCCCUUCCUUCUGAAACAAACCUCAUCAGGAUCUUCAGCCGAUAUGGCCCUCUCAAGGAAGCAGAGACCGAGGUUCUCGGUGUGACCAAGUGUGCUAAAGUAGUCUUCAAGAGACGUGCUGAUGCCGAGGCAGCUUUCAGCAGUGCAGGGAGAUACCGCAUUUUUGGCCCAGCUCUUAUCAGUUUCAGGCUCAAGUCUCCACCUUCACCUCUAUGUACUCGUGAGGCUAACCCUAAUGGCAGAAGGGAUUACGAAGCUUUGAAUGGUCUCCACUUGGAAACUCCAGGUACCUCUCAUUAUUUCUAUUUAUAUUUUCCUUUAAAUGCUCGUUUUUCAGUACCCGAAUGAAUGUAUCUCGCUUUCUCAAACUCUAGAGGAGGCGAAGGAACCAGCCCAGGAGGAAGUGCAGAAGUUAUCUCAAGAAGAUUCCAAGGAAUUAGUUCACCAAGAGGGAAAGGAAUCAGCGCAAGAAGAGGGGGGUGGAUCAGCUGAAGGAGAGACGGUGGAGCUGGUGCUGGAGCCUAACGAAGUAGCUCAAGGAGAGACGAUGGAAAUUGUUCAGGAACAGGGUCGGGAGUCCUCAGAUCGAGAGGAGGCAGAGGAAACAGCUCUUGAAGUACCAGAGGGCUUGGCGCAGGAAGAGUCUGAGGAGGAGGUGAAGGAAGCACCUCAAGAAGAGCCAGAGGUGUCGGCUCAAGAAGAGGCGAAGGAUUAGGCGCAGACUUGACGAUCGUCAGGCCCACGUGGAAGGCAGUCGCUUUGUGGUUGACUUGCGGGUCCAUCCUAUCGCCGAUUCCUUCGGUGCUUAGCUUCCAUUUGAUGUUUCUAAUUUCUCGUUGACUUUUGUUGUACAAAUGGCUCAGCUGACGCAUGUCAUAUGUUACGGUCUACGUGAUCAACUUGUACUUACCGAUUGUGGCAUCCGGACCCGCCUUCUAAAAACGAACUGGGCUGAUCGCCGAUCAGGUGCUUGAAAGUUCUCGUCCACGUCAUCCAAUUUUAGAUAUUUUUUCCAUCUUCUAAAUCAUGCGCUUUCCUCGCUACCUCUGAACUCGGCUCUAACUCCUUGAGAGAGUUCAGCAGCAGCAGCAGCAGCAGCAGCAGCAGCAGGUGCAGCAGAGUGGCGUGAAAAAUAUCUUCAUCUGGAGUUGAUGGGAUAGAUAAAAAUCCGGUCUUUACACAAAUUAGCUCUGGUAAAUGGACCUGCAGCAGAGAGUGACGUGGAAAAUAUCCUCACGUGGGGUUGACGAGAUGUAUAAAAAACCGAUUUUUACACACAAAUUAGCUCUGAUAAAAUGGGCCCGCGGCCUGGCCCGGUUUAUUUUUCGCCUUGGGCCCGAAAAAUACUCCGGAGACCUUUUCACUCACGUGAGACUCACGUGGAAUGGACCAGAAAUCCACAUGAAACUCCAGAGUUUGGCCGUUGGAGUGCUGAAUCUGGAAAUCAUUGGGCCCGACCCGGACCGUUAAAAGGGCUGAGCUCUGACUGGGAUUUGAAAAUUAUUGGGCCCAGAUGGGCCGUUGACAGCCGUAGGUUUUAAGGUUUGGAAAGGAAGGGAGGAGCUUCCCGCCCAUGGCUUCUGCAGUUUGAAGUGACUGAUCAGGUGAGGUCGUGAAGGAAGAGAAGGUAGGAGAUCUUCGGGUUCUUCGGGUUGGUCGCCGGCAAUCUGAUCUCGCUCUCUCCUCUCACGCGCAGUUUCGUAACCCUCCUCGUCGUUUGAAAGAGGAAUGGAGGAACCGGCGAAUGAGGCACGGCUGGAACCCUCGAUGGUGGACCACGCUUCGGCUGGUGAUCUCCCUUUAUCUGACUGAUCUUCCGAAAUCAUUCAUCUUCUGGUUUUCUAGUUUUCGGUUUGUUUCUGAUUUCGUUGUUUACGCUGUUCAUUGCCUUAUUUCUCCGGAGGGAACUCCGGUGUCGGUUUACUGAGGUGUUCUCCUGGGUAAGGGGGGGCUCCAUCUGAAGUUUCCGUUUGUGCUUGCCGAAGUCUGUAAAAAGUCCGGGCUUCACUGGUGUGGCAAAAUCUGGACGCUCUUGUCGUCCUUUAUCAGUAGCAUCGUUAGUUUAUCAACUUUUAUCAUGUUUUUUUCCCACGGUUCUUUUUCGCUUCUUCUUUACCCUCGGAUAUCUCCAGUUUGGACCUCUGCAGCUUCGGAAGACAAUAUUCGUAGUAAGCACUGCGCCAAUUUGUCAAUCGAAGACAUGGACAACAAGGAGAACCUUUACACGGUUUCGGCAAACCGAUACAAUCUUGCAGCCGCUCCCCAGGCAAUGUCACAAACUAGGAUGGUCAAGAAGGGUGGGCAUCGCAACCUGAGAAAGAGUUUAGCCUGGAACAAAGCUUUCUUCACCGACGAAGGUCUAUUGCCACCGCUAGGUCUUUUACAUUGUCGGUGUGUACUGGUGUUUCUAAUCUCGUUAUACGGUUGACCAGGUGUUCUAGAUCCCUCGGAGUUAUCCAUUCUGUUCGGCUCCGCGACAAAAUCAAGUGCUAGUUUCCUGACAGACGUCAAUGGAGAUUUUUCACCGUUGAAGAGCUAUGAUGUCAGUGCUACAGUAAAUUCGCAUGCUGAGGUGCACCUGGGAUCUGCGCUUAGCGAUGAAAAGCCCAAUGAUUUGCUUUCUACUUUAGAUCAACCAAGAUGUAUAGAUACAUCUAAUGAGGCCAGUUUCUCCGUCAUGAAGGCUACUAUUUUUUGUGUGUGACGAGGAAUGACCUUAUAAUUCAAUUCCGUUAAUUUUCAGGUCCCAGAAAAGACUAUCUUAGUUAAAAGCACUUGCAGAAGCAUCCCUCGUGCCCCGUCCACAUAUUCAUAUCCUUUUUUUAAGUUGUUUAAUUAUAGGAAAACUUUAUGCAGCGGUAUGUUUUAUUUUUGCUAUUCUUUCGAUGGAGUGAUAAACUUUUAACCAGAAGUGAUAAACUUGACUCAUUUAUUUGAACUAUCCGUUCCCAAUCUACAAAAAGGAUGCAAGUCUUGACUCACUUAAACGCAGAAGAGAGCAGCGAAUACUAACGCAUCAAAUCCAGCAUCAAAGAUGCUCAAGCUCACUGCAACUACGUCCAAUGCAUCUUCUCUUGCAUCCACUGUGUGUAGUUCACCGACAAAGGUUUCUAAUCAAAAUGUGAAGCCAGGUUAUUUUUCUACAAACUGUAGCUUCUUUAUGACAAGCAAAACUCGUGAAUAUCUCUUCAUAUUGUAACCUCAGGAAACUAGUCAUCCAAACACUGAUUUGAUAUCCUUUUUUUUUUGCAGCCAAGUUGGCGCAGAAUGCCAAGCUCAAAAAUUCCUCAUUGACUACGAAGAAAGAUUUCAAUUGCUCAACUAUGUCUGCUAA